CGGCUAAUUACCACACGUUAAUUAAAACACUGGGAGUGGGACUUUGUUGUAGGAAUGGAGACAGUUUAAAGGGCUGAAGGCGAGAUUUUGGUAGAUUUUCUUUCACCAGGUUUGAAAGGUUUGGACUCGUUUCGCCCCCUCUGGUUUCGGUGACGUUUUCCAGACAAACCGGACCCACAUUUAUUCCUAAUUUAACGCCACAACACAUUGGUUUCUCUCUUGUUUCAUCAUGGCAACGAGGAAAGCCAGCAGUGCGCCGGACACGGUGACUACCUCCCCCGCCAGGAGCCAGAGCCAGAGCCGGUCGAGGAGCGGGAGUCCCACCGGCGGCGUGCAGGCGUCCGAGGCGGCGGGCGGAGGGGCGGAGAUGUUCGCUGAGUUUCAGGACUGGUGCUUGCGGACGUACGGGGACUCCGGCAAGACCAAGACCGUGACCCGGCGUAAGUACCACAAAAUCCUCCAGACGCUGAUCCAGGGGGACGAGGAGAACAGCAACAACGGGGGGUUCGUGCACGAGAAGAGCAACAACCACAUCAACGCCAAAUUCAAAUUCUGGGUCAAGUCCAAAGGCUUCAGGGUCGGGACGCUGCAGGACGGCAAGACCGGGUCACCGGACAGACCGGUGCUGUACGUCCCCAUCAAGGCGACGUGUGUGGAUGGAGUGUCAGGUGUGGACUCGUCCUUGAAGCGCGUGGCGGUGGUGGAGGAUUUCUUCGACAUCAUCUAUGCCAUGCAUGUGGAGAUCAGCACCGACCCCAGCAAAUCCCCGAAACACGCCGGCCAGAAGAAGACCUACAAAGCUAUAGCCGAGACGUACGCCUUCCUACCCAGAGAGGCGGUGACUCGUUUCCUGAUGAGCUGUGGAGAGUGUCAGAAGAGGAUGCACAUUAGCACCACAGGACAGGACUACAAAGAGAACGACAGGCCGAGCUCUCUGGUGUUGGAGGUGAUCGACUACAACAUGCCUCUCACCACCACCUACAUGAAGCACAUGAAGCUGCAGUGCAUGAGCAACAGCAAGGAUGACGGUUCAGUGAGCAGCGAGGAGGAGGCAGAAAUGAGCGAGCCCACAUGGCUAGCAGCUGAUUUGGGAGCAGCGUCUCCAGGAGAGAGGAUGCGCCACAGUCCCCAGAACACACACAGCAAGGAGGACGACGAGGAUUCCUCAUCAGAGAGCGGCAGUGGAAAUGGCCUGCCUGCCCUGACCCCGCCCUCCUCAGCUGUAACAGACGGCACAAUAGUCAGGGAAACGGAGGUCAUCAAUGGGAACGGUGGCCCAGCCCCACUGGACUUCAGCACGCCUACUUCCUCCUCCUCCUCGUCUGAGGACCAGCAGCCGAUGAACCUGAGUGACCCUCCCCCUCAGCGACUGCCCCUGUCCACCUCACAUCUGCCCGUCACUGUGUCGGCUGCGGCUGCGGCGCUGCUCGGAGCUCUGCAUCCCAGCGCGCCCGAGGAGCUCCGCAGGAAGUACCCACUGGCUGCCAAACCUCCCUUGGCUCCUCACCCUGCCCUGCCUCUGCCGCACACACACACCCCUCACACACAUAAUGCACACACUCCCAACACACACUCCCAGUCCCACACACACACUGCCGAGCUGCGAUUGGACCGAGAUGGCAGGGACUAUGGGGGCAAGUCCCCCCAGUACAGUUCGGGUGGCAGCUACGACAGCGUGAAGAUGGACCUGGGUGCCGAGGACCUGACCACAGGGCGCCAGGUCACCCCUGAUGAUGAUGAUGAUGACCAUGAUGACCACGACGACAACGACAAGAUCAACGACACAGAGGGAGUCGACCCAGAGAGACUAAAGGCCUUUAAUAUGUUUGUGCGUCUGUUUGUGGACGAGAACUUGGAUCGGAUGGUUCCCAUCUCUAAACAGCCCAAGGAAAAGAUCCAGGCCAUCAUCGAGUCCUGCAGCAGACAGUUCCCAGAAUUCCAGGAACGCGCCCGCAAGCGCAUCCGCACCUACCUCAAAUCCUGCCGACGCAUGAAGAAGAGCGGCAUGGAGACCCGUCCUACUCCACCUCACCUUACCUCAGCCAUGGCUGAGAACAUCCUGGCUGCUGCCUGCGAGAGCGAAUCACGCAACGCCGCAAAGAGGAUGCGCCUCGAUGCCUAUCAUGAUGACCAGAUCUCUCUGGACAAGCCGUCCAGUGGUGGAGGGAGUCUGAGGGAGCCGGCGACCUUGGCUCACUCCGCCUACUCCUUGGCCGCAUCCGCCUUCUCCUCCCAGGAUACCCAGCUCUACAUCAACGGAGCUGGCCUUAGCUAUGGUUACCGUGGAUACCCGGGCCUGGGAGCUGCCAUGCAACACCCUGUUUCCCUGACGACAGGCGCUGCUGCUCAGAGCAACGGCCCUACAGACCUCAGCAUGAAAUCUCUCUCCUCUACCAACAUCAGUAACUCCACCUCCUCAGCCUCCACCAACAACUGCCUGGGUGGGCGGGGCAGCGGGGUGGAGAGGGGCGGGGCGUCCACCCAGCUCAGCCAACCGGAGAUCACCGCCGUGCGUCAGCUGAUUGCCGGCUACAGAGAGUCAGCCGCCUUCCUGCUGCGCUCGGCAGACGAGUUGGAGAACCUCAUCCUGCAGCAGAACUGAUUCAGGGGAAACGUGGGAGAACACACACACACACACAUACUCAAACACAAACACACACACAUUUCCCAUUAUGUUUGUUUUGUGUCCGUCUGUGUCCCCCGUCUCUCCUAAAUCAAGCUGAACACCAGACCUCUUGUUUUUGCUGUUCCCUCCUUCAGAAAAUGUGGCCAGUUUUCAUUUUCUAGAGGAAAAAAGUGGGAAACUGGGAUACAGGGAGGGAGACAAAUCCCUCCCCACCAUCCCCGAAACAAUCCCCCACAACCUCAAUGCAUCCAUUCCAUUGAUUCUGCCUGAGGAAGAGAACAAAUUAGAAAAAAGGAGCAUACGGUCUCUGAAGGAAUCUCUUCCUUUCCUCUCUGGAAGCUCCUCACAAUCAGCACUACACUCCGAGCGAAGGAGUGUGGAGGAGAGAAAGAGAGGAGGAGGAGGAGGAUAAAGAGGAGUGAAGCUUGGAGGAAGAGUAAAGAUGACUGCAGGGCUGUUGAUUCUGCUGCUGUGGUUUCAGAAGAAAAAGACUUUGCCUCGUUCUGGAUCGAGAAGUAAAGUUUUUGCUUUUUGUUUGUCGGGAGCCUCAUGGCCAACGCCGUCGAUCAUAACAAUUUUAAAAAAUAAUAAAUAUUGACUCCCUAAAU